AUGCCAAGAGAAAAACACGACAAGAAAAAACAUCAAGAAGGUACAACGAAUAAGAAUGAAAAUAAUAAGGAACGAUCGAGAAGCCCAUUAUUCACUGAAACAGAUGCUCAAUCUCUCGAAGUAUCGGAAUAUUCACCGGGACCGGGAUAUGUACCACCUUAUACUAAUCAGUCGAUGAGAGAGCGAAUCGUACCGACAGGUGUUGUUGAUAUUGACGAAACUGUACAACUUCCUGUAUCUCCGUCGAAACCUAAUCAUCAAUCAAAGCCAUACACUGUUCUUCAAUCGAGGGAAAAUCAUCACAAAGAACAUGUUCAUUUACCGUCGAUUAACGAUCAUUCUCACCAACGUCAUCAACACCAUCCUUAUGGAUAUGUUCCAACAUCAUCAGAUUAUCAUUUCAGAUAUUUAUCUAAUUAUAAUCCAGUUGAUCAUGAAUAUGAGCCUCUUUAUCAUAAUCAUCAGCACUCCUCUCAUUCACACAAACACCAUCAUCGACAUCGUCACCACCAUCAUCAUCAUCAACAUCAUCAUCAUGUAAAAGAAAUAGAAACAUACGAUCCUCGCUGGUGGUACAUGCCUGUCAAUACAGUUCAUGGACCAAAGGUAUGGAAAUCUCCUGAAUAUCAUUAUGUUGCGCCAAAAUGGUACGAAUCAUCUACUAAAAUGAGUAGAACAUCGAUGAAUAUCUCAGAACACAAGUUAUCUCCUCGGAAAUAUCCUGACUGUCGAUGUGACGUAUGCAGUGCCAACCAUCGAAACUAG